CUCUCUGCAGAGUGGACCGAUGCGAAGGCGACUUCCGGGGCGGCCGUGUCCCGGGAGUCGCCGAGAUCGCCGCGGGGAGCCCGGCGCGGCCGGGUGCGCGUGGCCAUGUGGCGGGUGCUGGCUCGCGCGGGGGCGCCGCUCCUGCGAACGCAGCUGUCAGAUUCCUGGGUCGCCCCGCCCGCCAGUGCUGGCCUGAAGACGCUGCUCCCGGUGCCGGCUUUUGAGGAUGUUUCCAUUCCUGAAAAGCCCAAGCUUAGAUUUGUUGAGAGGGUUCCACUUGUGCCAAAAGUCAGAAGGGAACCCAAGAACUUGAGUGACAUACGGGGACCUUCUGCCGAAGCCACCGAGUUCACAGAAGGCAGUUUCGCAAUCUUGGCACUGGGUGGUGGUUACCUCCACUGGGGCCAUUUUGAAAUGAUGCGCCUGACAAUCAACCGCUCUCUGGACCCCAAGAACAUGUUUGCUUUAUGGAGAGUACCAGCCCCUUUCAAGCCCAUCACCCGCAAGGGUAUGGGACAGCGCAUGGGGGGAGGCAAAGGUGCCAUUGAUCACUACGUGACUCCCGUGAAGGCUGGCCGUCUCAUAGUAGAGAUGGGUGGGCGUUGUGAAUUCAAAGAGGUACAAGGUUUCCUCGACCAGGUGGCCCACAAGUUGCCCUUCCCAGCAAAGGCCGUGAGCCGUGAGACUCUAGAGAAGAUGCGGAAAGAUCAAGAGGAAAGGGAACAGAACAACCAAAACCCCUGGACCUUUGAGCGCAUAGCCACUGCCAACAUGCUGGGGAUACGCAAAGUCCUGAGCCCGUAUGACUUGGCCCAGAAGGGACGGUACUGGGGCAAGUUCUAUAUGCCUGAACGUGUGUAGUGAGAGUGGGAGAACUAAGUGUACAAAGGCUGCUGAGAGAAAGAAUCUACGCUUUUAUUCCCAUCAGCCUACCCUCCAAGUCUUCGGGUAGCUCUGAUAUCUAACUGAGGAGCAGUGUAUGAGUAAAUGAGUUCUGAAAGAUUGUACACUAUCUGCUGAUUUUUUUAAGUGCGUUGUAUUUACAUCAAAUAAAGUUUGAGGAUCAUCUCAGGAAAUAA